AUGCCGGCCGGAGCAGCCAGUUCCGUGGCGCGGCUGCGGCCCUUCUGCAUGCCGGUGCUGCUGCAGGUGGCUCUCAGCUCGCUCAUCCCCCUCGCCUUCCCCGAUGUCUGGCGCACUCUCCGCUUCUGGGACCGCCUUAUGCCCAUCUACAUGGGGUACAUGAAAACGAAGCUGGCGGUGCGCAAGAAGCCCAUUGAGGUUCGCCACGAGAAGUGGGCUGUGCGCCACGAGUGGGGCGGCAAGCUAGUGCACGACCUGGUGCUGCGUCUCAGCGGCCUCUACGUCAAGUCUGCACAGAUCCUUGCCUCCAAAUCGCACUCACAGCUAUGCCAACCCCGCCCCCUUCCCGCAUCCCCCAUGCUGUCCCCCCUGGUGGUGCCUUCCUCCCCCCCCCCCUCUGCCCCUCAGGACUUCAUGCCAGCAGCGUGGGUGCGGCGCCUCUCAGCCCUAUUCGACAACGUGCCCCCCCGCCCCUACUCGCAAGUCAUCCGCUCCAUCCAAUGCGAGCUCGCCAUCUGUCCUCCCCCUGCUGCUGUCCCUACUGCCCUCCCUGCUGCUGCCGAUGGUGACGCUGUCGCUCCCUCCGUUCCUGCUGCCUCUGCUGCUGCUGAUCCUGCUGCUGAUCCUGCUGCUGUUGCGAAUGGUGAAGCCCCUUUCGUCAAGCCCGCUACAGCCGACAUUCCACCCAGUCAAAGCAAGUCAACGCAGGUCAAGCGCCGCGCACUGCUGGUAGCAGACGUGUUUGAGAGCAUAGACGAGGAGUCCCUCGCCUCUGCCUCCAUAGCCCAGGCGCAUGCAGCUGUGCUCCUGCACCCGCUCCCUGAGAACCACCCCACUGACCCCACCAAGGUGCUGCCUAUCCUGCCGCACCUCACGAGUAAAGAGAGGGACGCCCUUGGGAUUGCCGCGGAGUGCACUGAGCCAAUCGGAGUCAUGACUGCGGAUGGAACCAUCAAACCCAUCUCCCCUGCCGGCCCUGCCCUACCUUCGCCUUCUACUGCUGGAGGAGUAGGAGCAGCAGCAAGUGGAGCAGCAGGAGCAGCCAUGCUGAAGCGGCCUAUUCCUCCCCGGUUGGCAAAUGACAGGACAGAAGAGGGCGAGCAAGAGGAGGAGGGCGAGGAGGAACAGUUUUUCGAUGGUGAGGUAGGGGAGAGCAGCGAGAGUGGGGACGAGAGGGACGAUUUCUUUGACGCGCAUUCCGAGGCCCAUGAACUCGGCGCUGACGUGGCGAACAGCAGCCACGUGGCAGCGUGUGAGGGACGGGAGGGAGGGGUCACGGGAGCAGCAGAGGGGGGGACCGGUGAAGAGGGAGGUAACGAGGAGGAGAAUGAGAGGGAGCGGGAGAGGGAGAGGCAGCGGGGCAGGGCGGUGGUGGUGAAGGUGCAGCAUCUGGGCAUGGAUAUCAUCAUGCGCUCCGACCUCAGAAACAUAGGGCGUGUGGCUGAGUUCCUCUCGCCCCAGCUGCCCUUCGAUCUCCGCAAUAUAGUGAAGGAGAUACAGCAGACCAUUCCGAACGAGUUCAACUUCCAGAGAGAGGCCGCCUUCAUGACCACCGUGCGCCACAACCUCGCCUGCCGGGGCUUCCACCAAGUCGUCUGCCCCACGCCCGUCUUGGAUCUCUGCACGCGCCGCAUGAUCGUCAUGGAGGUACGCAGUGCUGGGGGGUGCUUCGGGGUACUCAGGGGUGCUGGGGGUUGCUGUGGGGUGCUUGAAGGUGCAGUGUUCACCGGGCCCGCCUUCAUGACCACCGUGCGCCACAACCUCGCCUGCCGGGGCUUCCACCAAGGCGUCUGCCCCACGCCCGUCUUGGAUCUCUGCACACGGCGAAUGAUCGUCAUGGAGAGGCUCUACGGCACACCAUGCACCAAGAUAAUCGACUCUCUACACCCCUACAAUACAAGCACUUCCUCCUUCCUCCCCACUCCCCUUCCCACAUUUUUUUCCCUCCAGAGGCUUUACGGCACACCAUUCACCAAGAUAAUCGACUCUCUACACCCCUACAAGGAUUCCUCCCUCCUCCCUCCUCCUCUUGCUGCCACUCGCCUAGAAGCAAUCUCAGCCGUCCGUUCCCUCCUCGAAUCCUACGGUGCCAUGUUCUUCCUGGACGGCGUUUUCCAUGCCGACCCGCACCCGGGAAACCUUUUGCUGCUGCCCGGCGCCAAGCUCGGGCUGCUGGACUUCGGGCAGUCGAAGGUUUUGGAGCGGCAGACGAAACGUUCGUUUGCCCGGAUGGUUGUAGCCUUGUGUAAGGGUAACCAGCUGGAAAUCGCCCUAGCUCUGUUAGGAACAGGAAUAUCGUUCGGGGGAGAGGCUGAUUGGACUACUUUCUUCUCUAAACCAGGGGAGGAGUCAACAGGGGGGAGAGCAGCAGGAGGGGCAGAGGAGGUUGGUAAGGGCGGAAAGGGGGGCGGCGAGGCAGUGAAAGUAGAGCCAAUGAUGAAUGGACACGUGUCAGAGAGUGCUCAAUGUAACGGCCUGGCAACAGUCCAUAGUGUGGCUGCUGCUGCUGCUGCUGCUGCUGCUGCUGCUGCUGCUGCUGCUCCUGCUCCUGCAGGGCUGGGCCUUGGUUCUGUGCUGCAUGGGGUGGAAGGGGGAACGGUGUCUGCUGCAGUGCUGGCUGCUGUGGUGGCCUUCACAGAAAACGCCCCUCCUGAUGACGCCCCUGCUGCUCCCACCACCACUGCUGCUGCUCCUGCUGCUGUUGCUGGUGUGAGUGAGAAGGGAGGGGAGGAGAGCAGUAGCAGCAAGGCAGGUGCGGGGAGGGGAGAAUCCGACGGGGAGUCAGUGCUGGCGACGCUGCUCAAGGAGGUGGGACCGGCCGGGCUGCUGGCAGCAGCAACGCCGCAGCGGCUGCAGACGGUGCAGACGCUGUCGUACCUCAUGUUUGACACGCGCCCCAUGGCUGAGGCCCAGACGUCACCCCUUGCUCAGGAGUCUGUGCUUCAGAAGGCGCCGCUCAAGGCGUUCAACCAAUCGUACUGGCUGAUUGUGAGAGCGAUGCUGCUGCUGCGAGGGCUGUGCCACUCGCUGGAUGCUGACAUCUCAGCCGUCCAAUUGUGGAGGCCCUAUGCCGAGGCUCUGCUUGCACAAGACCCAUAG